GCGUACCUGUCAUUAAGAGAGGGGAAAAAAGGCAAGUACGCACUAGAGCAUCAGAUUGGGUAUCUUCUCACCAACAGAGAGAGAGAGAGUGUGCGUUUACACUGAACGGCAGAUUGGUUCUCAUCUCAGAGAUAGAGAGAUCAACAAACAACAACAACAACAACAACACAUCACCCAACCUACGAGCCGCAGAUCGAUUUUGUUAUCCCAACAAACCAAAGACAAGGACCCUUUUUUCUCCAUUGGCACGGCAACCGCCGCCGCAACUAGAAGCUACAGAACGGCAGAACCCACAGUAAUCGAUGGGAGAGAAGGAGAAAGAGAAGAAGAAACAGAAGCACAAAAAGGAUAGCAAGUCCUCAUCGGAUCCCUCUUUCAAACCUACUUCCGACGUGAAGGGUAUCCGUUUCGGCGGCCAAUUCAUCGUAAAAUCCUUCACCGUCCGACGCGCCGCCCCUCUGGAACUACUCCGCCUCCUUGCUCUGCCUCCCACCUUCAGCAACAACCACCACAACCACCCCUAUCACCACCAUAGCCAUCAUAGUAAUCGUCACAGUAAGCAAGAUCAAGGACACCAACAACAUCAAGCCUUGUCUUUGCCCUUCCCAUCGACCACAGCAUACCUACCGACCAACUUCACCAUAUUGGCUCACCACGCAUGGCACACUCUCACUUUGGGGCUGGGUACGAAGAAAUCCAAAGUUCUUGUCUUCGUCUUCGAAUCCCAAAGCUUGAAAUCCGGUGUUGAUCGGAUUUGGCCGCCGGAGAUUCCCCUGGGAGAAGUCAACAAAAAGCUGAUUAGGGGACUCACCGGUUGCGAGAUGGCCCGUUUCAAGUUCCGGAAAGGCUGUAUCACCUUCUAUGUCUAUGCGGUCCGUCCAGUGGGUAGCUCAGGAUUCUUGUGUGCAGAUGAUCUCAGCACCAUUCUUCAAUCUGUCGUCUCUCUUAAAGAUUUCUUGGAUCACACCGCCAUGCUCGCCUUGCCCAGCCAGAGGAGCAUCAAUUACUCCCCUCCUGUCGCCAUGGCUCACUAGCUAGUCUAGCCCUCAUACUCUUUUUUCUUCUCUUAAUUUUUCUGGGUUAUUUACUUCCAAUUAGGAAAAGAAAAUUCAUUUUUGGAGGUUCGCUUCUUCCUUUCAUGAAUCUUGAUGUGGGGAUCAGGUAUAUGGGAUUGUUGAUUGUUUUUAUUUUUUCUUCCUUACCAUUUUUAUUUUUAAUUUCCCUUCAAAUUUUUGGGUUGUAAUUCAGUUUCAGAGAGAGAGAGAGAGAGAGAGAGAGAGAAAAGGGAAAAUUGCUGUACUCAGAGAGAGUGGGGAACCAUAACUCUGUCAUAUGUAUGUUAAAUGGUAAACUGCCAGUUCUCAUCUUUUAUUUGUUUCA